CGAACGCAGUCUGACAGUUCGUGUGAGGUUAAUGGUCGACUCGCUCGAAAUAGUUUUGAUUUUGAUAAAUAUUUGUAUUCAAAAUUCUUCUCAAUCAUGUAGAUUCGCAACGUGAAACAGUAAUACCCUUUCCAUUUCAAUAUUAUGUUGGUCAAUAGUACUGGUGACAGGAAGUUAGCAAGGAAAUAUUGUAAAUAUAUGAUGUUUCUUUGUCAUGAGAAUAGUUUUUCUAAUACUUAUCGAUCGAUUACGAAAGAGCAUUAAGCUUGUUUUGUUAAACAGUGUAACUGAUUUUCAUUAAAAUAGCUAGAGUAUACUAUCUAUAUUUGCGUGAAUCCAUCUCGGCCGUAAUAAAGACGCGUUAACUCGAGCUACGCUAACGAGUUAUGUGUGAAGUGUUUACUCAACUCGAUCUAUUCACAGCCAGUUACAUUUGCUUAAAAAAGCCAUAAAGUUAAAGCGGAGAUUCUGUGUCGCUACUUGGAAAGAGAUAAAGGGAGGUGUGUCUUAUGUGUAGCUCCUGAGGUCAUUUCCAUGUAUUGUUGCUCUUUUCUUUCACGUUUGGGCGUCGGGAUGGCGAGCAUGAGUUCGACGCUCGUCGAGACCGUCUCUAUAAACUACGAGGACUUUAACGAGAGCUUCCUUACCUGCGGCACAUGUUUAUGCACUUACGACGGCGGUGAACACACACCUAAGCUUCUCCAAUGCUCACACACAGUCUGCUUACAUUGCCUCACUCGAAUAGCCGCCUCACAGACCAGAGACGCUGGUAGCUUCCGAUGUCCCAUCUGCCGCGAACUCAUAACUAUACCGAGAGGCGGGGUCCAAGCGUUACCACCCUCGUUCCUCGUCAAUCAGCUUUUAGAUCUAAUGGCCCGACAGAGAAGAGAAGUCAUUCCACAGUGUAGUUCUCAUCCUGGUCGCGAGUUACUCUUUUGUGAGACUUGCGACUGCGUUUUCUGUCGACAUUGUGCUGACGGGCCGCAUAGCGACACGCCUUGCGACCACACUGUAGUACCAUUCUCUAUAGCGUUAAAAAGAAUGUCAGAAAUUCUACUCUAUAGAGCAAAUGAGUGUUUAAGUAAGCUUGGUUCAGCAAGAGAUGCGGUUGCCAGUGAGUUGAGGAGGUUAGAGGCUGCGGCCACUGCGGCUGAUGACGCUAUAGACAGGCAUUUUAACGAAUUGAAGGCUGCCUUAGAGAAACGACAUAGCGAACUAAAGUCGGCGGCGUCGGCCGCUGCCACACAUAAAAGGAAGUUACUUGAGGAACAAUUAAAAUUAAUAGACGCUGAGAAAACCAAGGUGGAGGCAGAAUGUUCAGGCCUCCAACAGCAAGUGGAAGUCCGCGAAGUAAGCAGCCGAGCGGCAGCAUUAGGCGCCCGGUUAGGAGACGCGGCGGCGCUGGCCGAGCCUCGCGAAAACGCUUUCUUGGCUGUGGACUUUGCCCAUAACGAUGCUCAGCAGAGGUUCGCGGAAGCACUGGCGGAACUUGGCAGAGUAAGAACCAGUACGACGUUUCCUGGCCUGUGUACUUUGCAACUAGAAUCAGGGUGUGUUUGUGGUCUGGAAGUGAGCGUGAUCCUCCGCACGGUGGAUUAUCACGGCGAGGCGCGCAGCACAGGUGGCGACCCCGUCAGCGCGGCCGCCACUUUGGACGAUGCGCCUCUACCCUGCACCGUUACGGAUCUCGACUCUGGUCAUUACAGGAUCACGUUACGACCUUGGGCCGCAGGUGCGCUGACGGUGCGCGUGCUGGUGUUCGCGCGCGCGGUGCGGGACUCGCCGCUGCGCGCCGACGUGGCGCCCGCCGCCGCGCCGCUGCUGCUGUGGGGCGCGCGCGGCGCCGGCAAGGAGCAGCUCAGCCAGCCCGUCGCCGUGGCCAGGUGUGUAUACCAUCAUACACCGUGGGCCGCAGGUGCGCUGACGGUGCGCGUGCUGGUGUUCGCGCGCGCGGUGCGGGACUCGCCGCUGCGCGCCGACGUGGCGCCCGCCGCCGCGCCGCUGCUGCUGUGGGGCGCGCGCGGCGCCGGCAAGGAGCAGCUCAGCCAGCCCGUCGCCGUGGCCAGGUGUGUAUACCAUCAUACACCGUGGGCCGCAGGUGCGCUGACGGUGCGCGUGCUGGUGUUCGCGCGCGCGGUGCGGGACUCGCCGCUGCGCGCCGACGUGGCGCCCGCCGCCGCGCCGCUGCUGCUGUGGGGCGCGCGCGGCGCCGGCAAGGAGCAGCUCAGCCAGCCCGUCGCCGUGGCCAGGUGUGUAUACCAUCAUACACCGUGGGCCGCAGGUGCGCUGACGGUGCGCGUGCUGGUGUUCGCGCGCGCGGUGCGGGACUCGCCGCUGCGCGCCGACGUGGCGCCCGCCGCCGCGCCGCUGCUGCUGUGGGGCGCGCGCGGCGCCGGCAAGGAGCAGCUCAGCCAGCCCGUCGCCGUGGCCAGAUGUCCGAAACGCCGCGAGAUCUACGUGCUGGACGCGGGGAACUCGCGCGUGAUGGUGCUGGACGAAGAAACGUUCGCCUUCAAGUCGCACAUCGUCAAUGAAGGUUUGGCAGGUCGCAGUUGUACAGGGAUCGCAGUUACGGCUGACGGCAUAGUCGCCGUCAACUGGCGGACGAGGACGCUCACUGAGGUGAGCGUAGAGGGUUCAACUCUGCGUACGAUCAAGUCGGAUCGUCUAGUGGAGCCAGUGUGCGUGGCGUGCGACCCGAACGGUCGGCGACUAGCCGUCGGCGACAACGGCGCGCGAUGCGUGUUUGUGUUCGACGCACGUGGGGCGAUAGAGCGAGAGGUGGGCGGCGGCGAGCUGGGGCUGGUGGGCGGGCUGGCGCUGGCGGGCGACGUGCUGGUGGUGGCCGACGUGGCCGUAAGAGUUUAUGAUGCCAGCGGAGCGCUGCAAGCCACGCUGGCUCCCGUGCCUAAAGGUCGCGGCGGCUACGGCGGCGUAGCGCUCGAAGAAUCAGAAUCAGGCCGCCACAUAAUAUGCAUACGUUCAGCGCGCGGCCGCCCCGCGCUGCUAGUGCUCGAGGCGAGCGGCGGCCGUAUUCUGGCGGCUUGCGAGCUAGCUGACAAGAAACCUAGGCGGGUCGCUGGGCUGACGCUGCUGCCUAACAAGAGGGUUCUGUUGGCGGAUCUGGCAGGAAACUGCCUGAGGCUGCAUACUUAUUGGUGA